AUGGCAACCACCUCCUCCAGGAGCGAUCCUCUGGAUGAGAUCCGCUUCACCGGCCCAGUCGAGUUCGAGGGGGGCAUCCACAACAACAGUGUGCUCUACUACUUCGCUACCUCGCCCUUUUACGACAAGACCUCCAACAAUGAGGUUCUCUUCCAGCAAGGUCUCAACAAUCCCAACAUGAUGCAAUUCCUGGCCACCCGAGAGGCUUUUGAGGGCCGCUUGCGCACCAUGUCUGGCCUCGAGUUCAUCGUUGCCCAGGAGCCAGCCGAGACAGGCCCCGGCGCGGGAACUGGCGUCUGGGUAAUCAACAAACAGACACGCCGCAAGAGAAGAGAGGGCGAGGAGGAUGAGAUCGCUGUCCACUCGGUAUACUAUAUUGUUGGAGAGCAUAUUCACAUGGCUCCCAGCUUUGCUGACAUCAUGAGCGCUCGACUCGCAACCAUCUCCAACUUCCUCAGCAAUAUUCUUCCGUCUUCAGCUUCCGUCCAAGCCUGGUCUCCUGCAACUGGCCGCGUCUACAACCAACCCUCCACUACCACGGCAGGCUCCAAUUCUGUCAAAGCUAUCACGGCCUCUGCUCAGCAACAAUCUCAAGGUUCAAGACAACAGAGCGACAUCGGUCUCCCCACAACCCGAGACUUUGAAAAAGCUCUCUAUCUUCAUGAGCAAUACGGCGAUCAGUACAUGGAUGAGAACCCCAUCACCGGACGGCCGGGCGAAUUUCACCUCUCCUCCACCGGCAGAGCCAAAGUUAACCUCUCUGCGGCUGCGGCUGCCAAGCCAUUACCAGUCAAGCUCCCGACAAUCAACACCAAAGUGGCCGACAGUCCUCUCACAUCAAAACCCACGGGCAAGGAGACCAAAAGCCCCAAAAUCCCGGGCGGUCCGGGGAAGCUCAAGAGGAGGAAGAGCAGCAAAGCUGCUGUUACCCCGUCAUAG